AAAAGUCACGUGUCUUAUCAACCCGGAACUCAGUACAAACAACAGCUCGGCCUCUGGCUCAUUUUGACAUCUCGCUGCAGAUUUCAAGACAAGGAACACAGCGAGGAGAAUGGCCACGCACUGGUUGGGUAGCAUUGUGUCAGUUAACUGUGGGGUGGCAUUGGGAGUUUAUCAGGGAGAGGUGUCAUCUGUUAAUCAUGUCAGCCAAACCAUUUCACUGAGACAACCCUAUCACAAUGGAGUGAAGUGUUCUGUUCCUGAGGUCACAUUCAGUGCCGUGGAUAUCAAAGAAUUGAAGUUUCUAGAUAUCCAGAACACACUGAACAAGCCCAGCUCUGGACAGGAGGCUUCAACAGAACCCAGCUUCAUGUCAGCAGGACGCCAGAGCACCAGAACCACUCAGUCUCACUCAACGAGUGGCAGCUUUCAGUCCAGCACUGCUCCAGUCACUAUCCUACGCAGAGCACCUGCAGGUUCAUCAAACAGCAGAGGGGUGACGCAGGCCAUGCCGAGGAAAACUAGUGCGAGGAAUGGAGGAGCUGGAGGACCAGUAAGGUCGAAGGACAAUGAGCGCUUUGGUGACGGGACAGAUGGGGACCUGGACACUGACUUUGACUUCGAGGGAAACCUGGCUCUGUUCGACAAAGCUGCUGUCUUCUCCCAGAUUGACGGGACCAGUAUCCACAGCAGCAGGACACAGCAUCAGAGCAGGCAGGCCGAGCAGAAGCUCCUGUCAUAUCGCCAUGACGAGAAUAUUCUGGAGGGGAAACCAGUUACAUACAGACAGAUAACGACGCCUGAGCAUGGGGGUAAAGAGUACUGUACUGACUCAGGCCUGGUGGUUCCCAGUGUGUCCUACAAGCUUCAUAAGCAUCUGCUAGCAGCUGCAGAGCACUGGGGCUUGACUCUUGAGCGCCGGCUGGAGACGACAGGUAUUUGUUCCAGUCAGAUGGCUCUCACACUGCUGGGUGGACCAAACAGGCUCACCCCAAAAAAUGUCCACCAGAGACCCACAGUGGUGCUUCUGUGUGGGCCCCAUGUUCAGGGAGCCCAGGGUAUCAGCUGUGGCAGACACCUGGCUAACCAUGAAGUGGAGGUCAUCUUGUUCCUGCCUAACAUUGUCAGGAUGCAGGAGUCAGUCACCAGCGAGGUCAACCUCUCCAGCAGGACAAGCGGCAAGCAGGUGGCCAGCGUGAAAGACUUGCCUGCGAGCCCAGUCGAUCUGGUCAUCAACUGUCUGGACUGCCAUGAGAACCCACUGCUGAGGGAGCAGUCCUGGUACCAGUCAGGUGCCGACUGGGCCAACCGAAACCGAGCUCCAGUCCUGAGUAUUGAUCCUCCACUCAGUGAGCAGCAUCAGGCUGUGGAGGCAAAGUGGACCCUCUCUUUAGGGCUUCCACUACCUUUGGCAGACAACGACAGCAGAGUGUACCUCUGUGACAUCGGCAUCCCUAAGCUGGUUUACGGAGAAGUUGGCAUCAACUACCACUCGCCCUUUGGAUGUAAAUUUGUCAUCCCUCUGCACCCGGCGUAACAGACAUGGUAUAUUUGGACACUGUGAGAGAGUAGUCUUAUUUUCCACAGUUAGUACAAAGAAUUGUGAAUGUAGAAGAGCUACUAAAUGACAAAAAAAAUGUUACAAUGUGUGUACAACUUUUUGACACUUUUGGGAGCACUGUAUGAGAGACUGAACUAUGCGUGAGCUGCAGGUUUGUCAUCUCAGCAGUCGCCAUGUGUUGCGUGCAGCACCUCUUGUUUUUGAAAAGGAAAGGUUUCCUGUCUUUGGUGUGUUUUGAUAAGGGCUCUGUGAUGAUGUGAAUAUGUUUACAAAAUGCUGAUCACUGAGAGUCUCUCUUUGACCUUUGACCCUGUGGUCAGUCAAAGCAGCAGACACAGUUCCUGUUUCCUCCUUUAGAUUGCCUGUGGAGUCUGGUUCUGACCUGUGACCUGGAGUUCAGCUCAGCCUAAUGCUGUCUGCCAAUCCAGAGCUGCCAUUGAACUUCCACACUUGAUGUCUGUGUCCACUCUUUCAAUUUGUUACUUUUUUUUUACUCAAAGAGGUGCUUUUUUGUCAAAUAACGGUUGUAGCAUGUUUCAAUGAAAAGGUAACACAGAAUCUAUAUUUGUAUUUAUUUUUGGACUACAUCUCAGGAAUAAUGUAUGAUAAAUGAUAAAAAUAUAUAUUUGCAUUUACAUUAUUCUGUCACUAUUUUACACUGAUGCACUGGUGUCUUGAGUUCAGAACCACUGACACUGAAAAUAAAAAAUGGUGGCAGACAUUCCUGGAGGAUUAUUUUUUCUGUAUUUCUGAAGUCCUGCAGAUUAAACAUGAAUUUGUAGCACACAUUCCAGGGGCUCCUCCAUCCUGAUCCGGGUUUAUCUCUGGGGAUUAUGGCUAGUUGGCUGUAUAAAAAAAACCCUAAUGAUUAAACAUUUUCCAUUUUGACUCAUCAGAUUCAGUCACUCCAAGUAACUGCCUCUCCGUUGGUCACCAUAGUGACCUUGUGUUAAAUCUUUGGAUCAGCAAAAUGUCAACUUUUCCAGAACAAAGAAUUCAGUUGUAUCUUUAGAUUGGAAGUUGUGUGUUUUUGACAUUAUACAAGAAGACCUUUUAGGAGCCCUUAAGUCGCUGUGUAAUAGUCUUCUUUUCUAUCCACAGACUACAGCCGUGGCCAAAAGUUUUGAGAAUCACACAAACAAUAAUCUUCAUUAAGUCUACUGCCUCAUUUUUUAUGAUGGCAAUUUGCAUGCACUCCAGAAUGUUAUGAAGAAUGAUCAGAUGAAUUUCAAUUAAUUGCAAAGUCCCUCUUUGCCAUGAAAAUUUACUUAAUCCCCCCCAAAAACAUUUCCAGUGCAUUUUAGUCCUGCCACAGAAGGACCAGCUGACAUCAUGUCAGUGAUUCUCUCGUUAACACAGGUGAGAGUGCUGAUGAGGACGAGGUGGAGAUCACUUGCUGAUUGAGUUUGAAUAACAGACUGGAAGCUUUAAAAGAGGGUGGUGCUUGAAAUCAUUGUUCUUCCUCUUUUAACCAUGGUUACCUGGAAGGAAACACGUGCAGCCAUCAUUGCUUUGUACAAAAAGGGCUUUACAGGCAAGGAUACUGCUGAUACUAAGAUUGCACCUAAAUCAACCAUUUAUCGGAUCAUCAAGAACUUCAAGGAGAGAGGUUCAAUUGUUGUGAAGAAGGCUUCAGGACGCCCAAGAAAGUCCAGCAAACGCCAGGACCGUCUCGUAAAGUUGAUUCAGCUGCGGGAUCAGGGCACCAUCAGUGCAGAGAUUGCUCAGGAAUGACACCAGGCAGGUGUGAGUGCAUCUGCACGCACAGUGAGGCAAAGACUUAUGGAGAAUGGCCUGGUGUCAAGAAGGGCAGCAAAGAAGCCACUUCUCUCCAGGAAAAAACACCAGGGACAGACUGAUAUUGUGCAAAAAGUACAGGGAUUGGACUGCUGAGGACUGGGGUAAAGUCAUUUUCUCUGAUGAAUCCCCUUUCCGAUUGUUUGGGGCUUCUGGAAAAAAGCUUGUCCAGAGAAGAAAAGGUGAGUGCUACCAUCAGUCCUGUAAAGCAUCCUGAGAACAUCCAUGUGUGGGGUUGCUUUUCAUCCAAGGGACUGGGCUCACUCACAAUUUUGCCGAAGAACACAGCCAUGAAUAAAGAAUGGUACCAAAACAUCCUCCGAGAGCAACUUCUCCCAACCAUCCAAGAACGGUUUGGUGACGAACAAUGCCUUUUCCAGUAUGAUGGAGCACCUUACCAUAAGGCAACAGUGAUAACUACAUGGCUCGGGUAACAAAACAUCGAAAUUUUGGGUCCAUGGCCAGGAAACUCGUCAGACCUUAAUCCGAUUGAGAACUUGUGGUCAAUCUUCAAAAGGCGGGUGGACAAACAAAAAUCCACAAAUUCUGACAAACUCCAAGCAUUGAUUAUGCACGAAUGGGCUACCAUCAGUCAGGAUGUGGCCCAGAAGUAAAUUGACAGCAUGCCAGGGUGAAUUGCAGAGGUUUUGGGGAAAAAGAAGCGUCAACGUUGCAAAUACUGAGUCUUUGCAUAAACCUACUGUAAUUGUCAAUAAAAGCCUUUGACCCUUAUGAAAUGCUUGUAAUUAUCCUUCAGUAUAUUAUAGUAACAUCUGACAAAAAGCUCUAAAAACACUGAAGCAGCAAACUUUGUAAAAACCAAUACUAGUGUAAUUCUCAAAACUUUUGGCCAUGGCUGUACAUUGAGUAGAAACAUAAGUGGGAUGGCUAGGCUUUGUAGUGUCCUGCAUUUAACCUACUUAAUUGAUUAAAUUUGUAUUUAAUUUAUCCCUUAUUUUGUACUUCCUGGCUGGACUCUGAAUACAUCUCUUAUUGUUGUCCUUUUGCUAAUUUGUCAGAGAAGGGUGAUCAUUUUUGUUGUAGAAUGUCAGUGGCUAUUUUGCUGCAAAGUGUAAAGAAUCAAUAACUUUGUGGUGAACAGGAGAGUCAUUCAGUCCACAGCUACUUAGUCUAUUGGUGCUUCUACAAAGUUUGAAAUAAAAGAUCUGAAUAUUCAUGGAAAUUAAGCAUUUAAAAUUCUCCUGGAAGCUCACCCUUGGGAUAAAACAGUCAUUCUCUGUUCCCUUUCUUCUCUACUGUAGCAAAGAACAAACUUAUAAUGCGGUCAUGGUUGUGAUAAAACUGCAUUACUGUUUAAAAUGACGCAUGUUUUAUUCUAGAAGAGUCUGAUGUUGAGAUUUAGUUGUGUGAGGGAAGAUGGAGAAAAAGUGGCAAUAAAAUAAGUUUACAUGUA